UAGAAUCAACCCUAAGAAUAUGUGGUAGAGUCUAUGUUGCGGAUAUAUUUUUACUUGCACCACUGGUUGUUAUAUUACCCUGGCCGAAAGUAGGAUCAGCCGUAUAGUGAAAGAGACACUGCACCAUAGCAGGAGGCACAUCUCAGAGCCACGUUUGUAACUGCUCUAGUACUAAUACUAUUACUUAGUAUACCUCUUCCAAUGUUUCCGCCCACACAAUGACGUCAGUAGUCGAGGACGGGGUGACCUCAGCAGUGUGCGCUGCCUGUGACCGGCUGCUGCUGCCUGUGAGUGCGGAAGUCUAAUGGGAAGGAGGUGAUGACACUCGGAUUGGCCACAUCAUGUCUUGGAUUCGGGACAAGGAGCUGUCAAUGAUUGAACGGCUGUGUGCAAAUGUGCUGAAGGCUGGUCCAAUGCCCAAACAUGUUGCCUUCAUCAUGGAUGGGAACCGAAGAUAUGCCCAAAAAUGCCAUGUGGAGAGACAAGAGGGCCAUUCCCAGGGCUUUGAAAAACUUGCAGAGACAUUGCGUUGGUGCUUAAACCUUGGCAUUUGUGAGGUGACGGUCUAUGCUUUCAGCAUUGAGAAUUUCAAGCGCUCUGAAGAGGAGGUGGAAGGCCUAAUGGAAUUAGCCCGUCAAAAAUUUAUACGUCUUCUGGAAGAGAAGGAUAAACUUCAGAAGCAUGAAGUUUGUAUUAGAGUGCUGGGCGACUUGACUCUGCUUCCGCUGGACGUACAGAAGCUUAUAGCCCAGGCUGUUCUGGAAACUAAGGCCUACUCUAAGUGUUUUCUAAAUGUUUGCUUUGCUUACACAUCCCGACAUGAGAUCAGCAAUGCAGUUCGAGAGGCUGCCUGGGGCGUUAAAGAGGGUCUUCUAGAUCCCAGUGAUGUAUCUGAGAGUCUUCUGGACCAUUGUCUGUACACUUCUAAUUCUCCAAACCCUGACCUCCUCAUCCGUACAUCUGGAGAAAUUAGGCUCAGUGACUUCCUUUUGUGGCAGACAUCGCAUGCCUGCUUGGUAUUUCAGUCUGUCUUGUGGCCAGAGUACACCUUUUGGAACCUCUGUGAGGCUGUGUUGAGAUAUCAGUACAAUCACAGUGCCAUCCAGAAGUCUAGGGAGCUGUACAGCAAAGAGCAGGCUAGGCUUCAAAAAGAAAUUGACCAAGCCUGGGUCCAAAAGAAUUUAUUGAGUGGACAGCACAAUGAUGGAGAGGAGAAGACAAAGGUUUAUCAGAGGCUACUGCAUCAAUGCAGAACAGAAAGGGAAGAGCGCACACAGAACUUUCUAUGGGAACUGGAGAGAAAAAGAGAGGAAUUUCUACAGUCGCUCUGCGCAAAUUAAAUGGGAUAGAAUAUUUCUGUAUUAGAGCAUGGUUUCACAAUUCCUUUUCUCAGGUACACUUUAAGUCAUGAUUUCCAUUCUCUACAUAAUCGUGUACACGUCGGUUAUUUUAUUUCAGUGGAUCAGGAGUUAACACUCCUGUUACCACAGAGAAAAAUCUUAAAAACCUGAUCUUGAAGUGUACUUGAGGAUCAGUGUUCAGAAACACUGUUCUUGGGUAAAUACUGUGACCAUUAUGUCUUUAGUGGUGCACACACGAUGAUGCAUUCAAUGCUAUUUACUGAAUUGUAUUUAUUAGUUGGUUAGCCAGUUAGUACUAACUUGGUUGUCACCAUAAGGUGACAUCCUGCGGAUCUGUGACAAAUGCUACAAGAUUAAACUGAUCAAGGAUAUAAAACUAAAACCAGGACUACCUGCAGCUGUGAGUAUCAUGUAAUAUUUACAAACAUACUAAAUUUAACCGGCUUAUCCCUGCCCACUAAUUAUUGGACUACACAGUACUAAUUCUCCGUGCAGUUCUCAGUGUGCAGAUCAUUUAUUGCCUUCUUUUAGAUUAAACAUCAUAUGAACAAAGUAAUUUUUACUUUUAAUGUUAUUAAAGGCCAUGAGACUAUUACUUUUAAAGAAACACCACAAUGGGCUGUUUUUCUUUUACACACGGACUGCUUUAUUUGCGUAAGGGAUUCCCUUGUUAUACUUAAUUACAUUAAUUUGUAUGUUUUAUAUAGUGAAAUCAAUUAAAUGUUCAACAUUGAUCUAA